CUGGGCUGGGGAACCCCCUCUGCCCGGGCUGUGCCGUGUGGAUGGUGAUGGGGAGGGGUCCCCGUGUGCCCCAGCAUGGUGGGGCUGGAAUGUGCAUCUCUCCCUGCCUGCUGCUGCCCGUGGGUCCCAGGCUGUGUGCACAAGGAGCCUGUUGCUCCUCUGUUGUGCUGGGACAAGCCCUCCCAGGCCUCCCUGGAGCUUUGUGUAUGCCUGUAGUGAUGCAGCAGGAGGGUCCACCUAGACCUGUGGGUCUAGGAUGCUGGAAAAGGGAGGAUGUGCCAGAUGACCCUGCCUGUCACCUUUAUCCCAGAGCAGCGUUCUUGCUGGCUGUCACAGGGAACAGGGGUCUUGUUUUACCCUCUGGCAUGGAAUUGUGGGGGUGCAGCCUCUGUUUGGGGUUCAGCCUGGCAUCAUCACCUCACCCUGUCUCAGGACUGGGUGCUAUGAGGCAGCAGCUCUGGGAUACAGGGAAUGGGAACUCCUCUCGACUCAGCCUAGAGUGAGGAGGUGGCACCUUUCCUUCCUCUCCCACUUCCUGAAACCUGGCUGCUCUCAGCCUUGGCAGUUUGGGGAAGUGCUCCAAAGUGAAGGGAAAACCCAGAGGCAUCAGCCUGGCUGAAAGCAGCCUAGGGAGACAUGAAUGUGGCCAGGCACAGAGAGCAGCACUGUGAGUGGGCUCCGUGCCUUUGUCUGCCCAAAGAGGUGGGGAGGAGGAGAAGGGUCUGUAAGUUUCCACUGAAAUGUGCCUCUGGAGAGCCUCUGGGGCUGUUUCCUGCUGGGAGGGUGUGUGGUAGGAAAAAGGUACUUUCUGUACCCCGUCUGUGAGGCAGCUGUGCCCCCUGCCCUGGGUGGGGCUGCAGGCAGGGACAUGGGGCAAUGGGGUUGGGCUGAAGCCUUGGACCCGGUGCUCUCUGGAGGUGGCGGUUUUGCUGCUGCUGGAGCAGCCUGGAUCCACUUUGCACCAGGGCUGGCUGGCAUGGUGCAGAGAGGUGGGUACAGGGUGUCCUGUGGGGUGGCAGAGCCAGGUGAGGGACGGGACCCACCACUGAGCCACAAGGGAAACUAAAAAAGCUGCUGAGAGUGACGAGUGAGCGGCUCUUCCGCUGCACAGCCACAGCACAGCAAGUGUGGGUGCAGCUCUCCCGGGGAGGCCCUGCCCUCCAGAGGGCUGUCCCAGUCCUGUGCUGCCACGGGCUUGGUGGGACACACCAUCUCAGCACCCGUGACCAGCCUAGCUCUGGCUGCUGGUGCCCCCCACAGCAGGACAUGGGGCUGUGGCAGCGGUGGCUCCCCACUGCUCCUGGCACUACCACGAUUGUCCAGCUGUGCUGGCUCUGGGCAGGACAGGUGACAGAUGCUUGCCCAGGGCUCUGUGCAGACCAGGGGGGCUCUCUGGGCAUCUGGGCUCCCCUCCUUGCUCCUGUGCUCUCUGUGGCAGGUGGGAGAGGGGCCAGGGCUCCAGCCACAGGUGGCUGCUGACACUUUCUCUCUCCCCUCAGCGCUGCUCUACAAACCCAUCGACCGGGUGACACGGAGCACCCUCGUCCUGCACGACCUCCUCAAGCACACCCCAGCUGACCACCCUGACUACCCGCUGCUCCAGGACGCCCUCCGCAUCUCCCAGAAUUUCCUCUCCAGUAUCAAUGAGGACAUUGACCCCCGGAGGACAGCGGUCACCACCCCCAAGGGCGAGACCCGGCAGCUUGUCAAGGAUGGCUUCCUGGUGGAGCUGUCGGAGGGCUCGCGGAAGCUGCGACACGUGUUCCUCUUCACCGACGUGCUGCUCUGUGCCAAGCUGAAGAAGACAGCAGUGGGGAAGCACCAGCAGUACGACUGCAAGUGGUACGUGCCCCUGGCCGACCUGGUGUUCCCCUCGCUGGAGGAGUCGGAGCACUGCCCGCAGGUCCACGUCAUCCCCGACCACGAGCUGGAGGACAUGAAGAUGAAGAUCUCAACCAUCAAGAGCGAGAUGCAGAAGGAGAAAGCCAACAAGGGGCAGAGCCGUGCCAUCGAGCGCCUCAAGAAGAAGAUGUUUGAGAACGAAUUCUGGCUGCUCCUCAACUCACCUGCCAUUCCCUUCCGCAUCCACAACCGCAACGGGAAGAGCUACCUCUUCCUGCUCUCCUCCGACUACGAGCGAUCCGAGUGGAGGGAGGCCAUCCAGAGACUGCAGAAAAAGGACCUCCAGGCCUUUGUUCUGAGCUCAGUGGAGCUGCAGGUGCUCACAGGAUCCUGCUUCAAGCUACGCACUGUCCACAACAUCCCCGUCACCAGCAACAAGGACGAUGACGAGUCCCCAGGGCUUUAUGGGUUCCUGCACGUCAUCGUCCACUCUGCCAAGGGCUUCAAGCAGUCAGCCAACCUCUACUGCACGCUGGAGGUGGACUCCUUUGGCUACUUUGUCAGCAAAGCCAAGACCAGGGUGUUCCGGGACACCACGGAGCCGCAGUGGAAUGAGGAGUUCGAGAUCGAGCUGGAGGGCUCCCAGUCCCUGCGCAUCCUCUGCUACGAGAAGUGCUAUGAUAAGACCAAACUCAACAAGGACAACAACGAAAUUGUGGACAAGAUCAUGGGCAAGGGGCAGAUCCAGCUGGACCCACAGGCUGUGCAGACGAAAAACUGGCACAUGGAUGUGAUUGAGAUGAACGGGAUCAAGGUGGAGUUCUCCAUGAAAUUCACAAGCAGGGACAUGAGCCUGAAGAGGACCCCGUCCAAAAAGCAGACUGGUGUCUUCGGGGUCAAAAUCAGUGUUGUGACAAAGCGCGAGCGCUCCAAGGUGCCUUACAUCGUGCGCCAGUGCAUCGAGGAGGUGGAGAAGAGGGGCAUCGAAGAGGUCGGCAUCUACAGGAUCUCCGGAGUCGCCACUGACAUUCAGGCAUUGAAAGCUGUCUUUGAUGCGAAUAACAAGGACAUCCUGGUGAUGCUGAGUGACAUGGACAUCAAUGCCAUCGCUGGCACGCUGAAGCUGUACUUCCGUGAGCUGCCUGAGCCCCUCCUCACUGACAGACUCUACCCCGCCUUCAUGGAGGGGAUCGCCCUCUCGGAUCCUGCUGCCAAGGAGAACUGCAUGAUGCACCUUCUCCGCUCGCUGCCUGACCCGAACCUCAUCACCUUCCUCUUCCUGCUGGAGCACUUGAAAAGGGUGGCUGAAAAGGAGCCUAUCAACAAAAUGUCUCUCCACAAUCUGGCCACAGUCUUCGGGCCAACACUUCUAAGACCCUCAGAGGGGGAGAGCAAGGCACACCUCACCUUGGCCUCUGACAUCUGGUCCCAUGAUGUGAUGGCCCAGGUCCAGGUCCUUCUCUACUACCUGCAGCAUCCUCCCAUCUCCUUCACCGAGCUCAAACGCAACACACUUUACUUCUCCACGGAUGUGUAGCCUGCAGGCAGAAGGCACCAGCUGCAAACACUCCAGUUCCCUGCUGGGGGACACGGACUGGAUCACAGCCCCCAGGGGAGACCAGCCCAGACCCAGGACGGUGCUGCCAGCAGCUCCUGUACAAUCACGUUCCAGUGGCCCGGUCCCACCAGGUGCCAGGCCCUCUCUGUAAAGUAGUCGUGUCUUAUGUCCCUUCUUGUGUUCAAGGAUUGUUUUUAUGUAUAUUUGCUCAACGAAAGAGGUAGUGACUGACAAGAGCUGUGGACACAGGCUUCCCCCUUGGCUAGUUUUCUCCUGGACUCCUUUCUGCCUGCUCACUCCUACCAGACACGUGUCGCCUGAAGCCUGCAGUGCCCCACGAGUGCCUGUUUGCUGCCCAGCUCCCUGCCCACACCUGCAUGUGCAGCACCAGCUUGCUCUGAGGCCGGGAGCUCACGGGCUUCCCUUCCUGGUGACAGUGACAACAAGCUCUGCUUUGGCUUCGCUGCCUGCGCAAAUGUUGGACCCUGUGCCUGGAUCCUGCUCCGGCCCGAGCAAACCUGCGACCACGAGAACAGAGGAGCAGGGUGCUGCUUCCUCCCUGCCAAGGCUCUUCUGGGUGUUUUCAGGCCAGUCCCUUCUCCAGCCCCAGCUUUGCCUAUGUGGUGUGGCGUGGCAGUUGCUCCCCUCGCUGGAUUUCACCUCUGAGUAGCAUUAUGAGGUAACCCCUCACACAAGGCUGGAGCCAGAGGUGCUCUUGUGGUCUUGAUCCACAGCAGGUUGAAGGGAUGGCCAGCCAGGCAGGAUUGCUUCAUGCACCAUGGGCUGACCCCAUGUCUGCUCUGACUGAUGUGGUCCCAAAUUUCCCAAUUUGGAAAUUUGGUGGAGAACAUGGUACCUGCUGUUCAGUUCUAUCUCUGCCAUAGUGAGGCACUCAUGCCCCUGCCAGCCCAGCACUGCCAUGAGCGCUACAUGCACCCCGUGGCACAGCCUGCUGGGGCAACAGCUUUCCUCCCAUCACCAUGGGGACAAGAUGUUUUUUCCCCCCUCCUUGGCCUUCCCUGCUGCACUGGGCACAUGGCAGCACAUGGCCCUGCCUUGGCUGGCAGAGGCAGCUUGGCUGCCAGAGGCAAGUGCUUUGCAGCAGCUGGAUGGUCACCCAGCCUGGGAACCAGCACAGAAGGAUGGGAGGAGGAAAGCCUUCAUGGCCCUCGUGACUGAAGGCAGAAAUGCUUUGUUCUGUCUUUCUCCCAGAGUGGUUGCUGCUGGAUUAGCUGUGCCCAGCCAGCUCAGGUCUGUUAGUGGCUCCAGUUCUUGACCCCUCCCAAGCUGAUGGCUGGAGUUGUCACGCCAUGUCCCGAGGCAGGACAGGCUGCCCGAGUGUCCGGCUCCCAGGAUGUCCCCCACACUCCCACGUAAGUGCUGGAACCUGUUGGGACACGAAACCUUUCGCUCUGUGAGCUGAGUCCAUGUUCAUGUGGGAAAAGCCCCCCCACCUCCCCAACUGCGUUGGCCCUGUGCUCUCCUGUGCCAAAUGGAGAUGGAUGAGAAGUGACCAAGCAUGUCCCUCACAGUGGCAUUGCCUUUACCCUCCCAACUAAUGGACUGUUCCAGGUAGAGCCCAGCCACGAUGCACCAGGUAUGUCCUCAGCCACAUCCCUGGGGAAGGCAGCACCUGCCAGCCCUGCACCAGCAAAGCAACCAAGGAGGGGAGGUCUCAGUCCCCCUCCAAAGGGCUCACACUCCAGACCCUGCUCCUCUUGACUACCAGCUAAACAGAAGGGAAACAGCGUUGCAGAAAAUAACCAGGCAUCUGUCUUGGCCCUGGACCCAGUAAGGAGGCCGAGCUUUAGAUCUGACUGCACUACAGAUCCCUGUGUGUGUCUGAUUUGUUACAUGUGUCCAAGUCUCUGUCCACGACACUGUCAUUCCAGAUGGAGACUCUGUACAGCCAAAUCUCCCCCCACGACAGUGGCUGGAGGCCCGGUCCCCACGGCCCAGCACAAUGGGCUGUGGCUGUCCCCAUGACUGGCUUUUGCUUGUCCCUACAGCAAGGAAAAGAGGGGGGUGGACUCUUGCAGCUACAGGUAGAAUAGAACUGUUAAUUAAUAUUUGACUUUCAAAAGUUGUUAAGGAUAUAUUUUUGUUUGUGUUCUGUUUCAAUUUCUGUAGAUUAUAAACUUUAAAUGGCUGUAAAACCUCAUGAGGAGAAAAAAAAAUGUUAAUAAAAAUGCAAAGCCCUGAUAUUUGCACAAAAGAA